AUGGCUAAGGUUGGAAUCCCUAAGGACGUUGCCGCUCUCGCUGUCCCAGAGACUGGCUCUGUUCGCCUUUUCGGCAAGUGGGACGCUCAAGAUGUUGAGGUCAAGGACAUUUCUCUGACGGAUUACAUUUCGCUCCGUAACAAUGUGUUCACGCCUCACACGGCUGGCCGUUACGCCGUGAAGCAGUUCCGCAAGGCUCAAAUGCCAAUUGUCGAGCGUCUUGUUAAUGCUCUCAUGUUCCACGGCCGCAACAAUGGCAAGAAGCUCAUGGCUGUCCGCAUUGUUGCCCACGCCUUCGAGAUCAUUCAUCUUCUUACUGACGCCAACCCUAUCCAGAUUCUCGUGGAUGCUAUCAUCAACACAGGCCCUCGCGAGGACUCGACCCGUAUCGGCUCGCAGGGUACUGUGCGCCGUCAGGCUGUUGAUGUGUCGCCCCUGCGCCGUGUGAACCAGUCGCUCUAUCUCCUCACCACGGGCACCCGUGAGUCGGCUUUCCGUAAUGUGAAGAGCAUUGCUGAGUGCUUGGCCGAUGAGUUGAUCAACGCCGCGAAGGGUUCGUCGAACUCGUUCGCCAUCAAGAAGAAGGAUGAGCUUGAGCGUGUCGCCAAGUCCAACCGUUAA